CUAGAGAAUUUAAGUGGGGGAACGUCUAUGUAAAUUCAACCAAAGUUUUCAGAUAUAAUAUUGUAUGUAAUCUUUGGUUAUUGCAAUGACCAGAUUCGCACGAGCGAAAGGCUCAAAAGCUUCUAAUGAGAAAGCGCCGGAAGAUGGUACACCAUGGGAAGUAAUGAAAGAACAACUUGUUCAAUCUCAGAAAGAAAAGAAGGAAUUGGAAAGGAUCCGACUGGCAGAGAAACAAAGGUUAGAGAACUAUCAAACUUUUCUUAAUGAUCAAAAAACUCAGAAAAGAAAAGCUACUUGGUGUGAGUUUCCAGAAACCGGAAAUAAACAAUUGAUUGAUCAACCACCAAAGAAAAAAUCAAAAGUAAAAAGCCUGCCUGUAGAAGAUGAAGAUGUUGGUUUAAACGAUACUAAAAAGAAUAUGGACAAAAAUAAAAAGAAACUCAAAAAGCUCAAAAAUUGUGAAGCUGUACAAAGUAUACACCAGACUUGUGUGAGUACUGAGACCAAAAGAGAAAAAAAAUACAAAUCAAAAGCAGGAGAAAUUCAAAAUGUAGCAGAAAAUAGAGAGAAUGAUACUAAUACCACUGAACAAAUACAAAGCAUUAGCGUCAAAAGUAAGAAAAAUAAAAAGAAAAUGAGAAAUGGUAAAUUAUUUCAACAAACUGGUGAUCGAAGUUUUCAACUUAUUAUUAAUGGAAAAGAAGUGGAUUUGAUUAAAUUUGACGGUUUCCCAAUCAUGAAAAAAGACGCAGAACGUUUAAAAGAAUUAAAGAAUAGUAUGGUUAAAAAGGGUAUUCCUAAAAGUGAAGUCCUCAGAACAAUCAAAUUAGAAAGACGUCGAGCUGAAAAAGCAUUAUCUAGACUUAAAAGAGAUGUUUGCUAUAAUUGUAGAAAAGGAGGUCAUAAUCUUUCAGAUUGUCCAGAUUUGAAAUCUAAAAUACCAGGAGCUGAUGCGGCAGAAGGUAUUUGUUUUAAAUGUGGUUCAACAGAACACAAACAGUUUGAAUGUAAAGUACAAAAAAAUAUGGAAUUUAAAUUUGCUACUUGUUUCAUAUGCAAACAACUGGGUCACAUCGCUAGACAAUGCCCCGAUAACCCCAAAGGCUUGUAUCCUGAUGGAGGAUGUUGCAAGCUAUGUGGAGAUGUAACACAUCUUAGGAGAGAUUGUCCUACGACCAAUUCCACAAAAGAAGAAACAUCUAUUAAAUUACAAACUCUAGACAGUAAUAAUUUAGAAGAUAUUGCUCAACCCGCAACUGUUAAUGAGUCUGCAAAGGGGAGUACAAAAAAACCCAAGAAAAUAAAAUUUUAAGAAUGUUUAUUGAUCAUUAUUGUUUAACUAAAAUACCUACAUUAUAAUG